AUAGCACUCGAUAUACAAUAUCAUACCGUACUGUACCGAGAGAAUGUCGAAACUUCGGUACAGUACGAUAUUUCAAUCCUUGGUUUCAUAUAAGGAUUAAAUUGUUUAUUUAUCGGUCCAUAUAGACCCCUUUUUUUGGAGACGGUGGAUAGGAGUAGGGGGCAACAAGCGGGGACAGGGACCAUGAAAGGUGAUCGGCCCAGGUGGACUGCACGAGGAAGGGAAAGAAGAUGGGGGUUGGGUUAUUAAGGUUUUUUUAAAAAGUUAAAAAUAAUAAUAAAAUAUUGGCCUUACCGCUCGGUUUGCAGGGCUACCAGGUGGUAAGCCUUGUACCAUAUGUGGAGUGCUGGAAAUUGGAUUAUUCUCAUGCUGGUUCACAUCCGAACCUGGUCAAUAUUGGGGAGUACAUAUAGAUCUAGAUGAAAUUGCAUUCGUUUUCCAUGUGUUGUGAAUUUGAUGUGAUCAUGCUUGUUUAUGGAUGCCAUGAAUCGGUAACAAAUCUCCUGUGCAUCAUUGAUUCUGGUUUGUAUUGCACUUUGGGGGGGGAUAUCAUGGUAUCAACAUUAGUAACACUAUUGUGAACGAACCUCGUAUUGGAAAAGCUCAAGGAAAGCCUCGUAUCAACAUUAGUAACACAAUUGGAUGCCUCAUCUUCGGACUCCUGCCAACAUCACGAGAACUGCUAUCACUAAGUCAUAGUGGAUCAUCAUGGGCUUGCUACAGCUUAUAUGUCCAUCCAUUCAGCAAAGACUGCUUCAUCCUUGUUAUUCCUUCACCAUGAACAAUAUGUUUCACCAAUGAUGGAUAUGCUCCGACUAUCAAGUAUGCUCACACUGGGAAAAGUACAUUCAAAUAGGCAUCAGGGAUGCAUUUCAACUGAAACAGAUUGGUCAUAUGGUCAUGUUCAGAUGACAUGCAGAAUGGCAGCUGGUCAACAGAAGAAACGGUUAACAAGUUCCAACUUCCAUGAACAACAUAAAGGAAAGAAGAAAAAAAAGCUGGACUCAUCUGACUACAUAUUAAAUUUAAGAUGUCGUGUGGAUCUGGCAUGGGAUGACCGUCAAAGGAGAGUUGUGGCAAAGAAGGAACAAAUCAGUUUAUCAUGGACAGAUAUUUCUCCUUUCCUUGACUCUGUUUCCCAGUCCCAUGCUGGCUUAGCUGAUGUUGUUUCUGUUCCAAUUGAAAUUUUUAGUUUGGACAAUUUGACUGAUGUUCUUUCUUACGAGGUUUGGGCUACAUGUCUUUCAGAAUCAGAGAGAAAGCUUCUCACUCAGUUUCUUCCUAGUGUGAAAGGUGCAGAACAAGUAGUUCAUUCGUUGCUUAAGGGAGAAAAUCACCACUUUGGAAAUCCUUCCCUGAAAUGGUCUACUUCUCUUUGUGCUGGUAAUCUUCAUCCCGAUAUUCUUCUUCAAGUGGAGGAACAAUGUCAACUCAGUAAGAGGGCAUAUUAUUGUGAGAUAAAUAAGUAUCACAAGGGCAUGCUUGAGGUUUUGAAGAAAUGGAAGGAACGAUGGUUAAACUGCAAGGAUCCAGAGUUACUGUUGAGUGAAGGAUAUUGCGAGGACAAGGAAGGAAGCUUAGCUAAUUCUGCUGAAAGGGCUAAAGUUCUUGCAAUCUCAAAGAGGGAAUCACCACAUAAAGUCUAUGAUCAUGCUGGUGACACUGAUAAAUACAUGUCAUAUAUUAAGGUAAGCAGGGCACAACAUCAGCUGAUCAAGAAUAUAAAGCAUUCUGCUGAUGGUAUUCAACCUAAAUUACUUGGUCGUGUGCUUGGUGACAUACAAUGCUUUCAUGUUCAUCCUUAUGAGACAUUUGAAGAGGAAGAAAAGAAGAGGUUGCAUGAGCACUGGUUGCAAGUAGCAAACAAGGAUCUCUUGGUAGCUUUUGAGGCUGCUAGGGGCCGGAAGUUGUGGAGAGAGCGAUCUUGGAAAUCUUUGGAACGGGAACUCGCAGAGAAAAUGAAGUUUAUAAAUGAUAAGGAUGAUAAAUUAGAAAGUUCUGAGGGCACCCCAGAAGAACCUACAUAUGAUGGUUAUUGCAGAAAUCAACAUACCCAGGAUAUUGAUGACAAAAGUUACGGCCAGUCCAAAGAUAAUUCCAUUGAUGACCAUCAGUUGGAGCUCAUUCCUUCUCCGAAUAGUCACAAGGAACCUAGUCUUAUCAUCCACAACCAAGAAGAGACAUUACAACAGGAUGAUGAUUUCUCUCCUCUUUCGCAUGUGGAAAAGCAGAAUCCUAAAAACAUGUGGCAGACGGCAGGUGUUUCUGAUUCUUAUUACCAUUCUACAGAGAACCAUGGUUACACAUCAGCUAGCGAGUUGUCUCUUCGGCAACCCCAACUUACAAUAGAACAUCCAACUAAUAUGAUUGAUCUAGAGAGAGACAUAAUAGAAUCCGAAGGUGGAGAGUCCAUUCCAUCAGCUUUUGAUGUAGACGGCCGGCCUUCUCUGUUUUGUUCAUUUGGUCGAAACGAGAUGCUUCCAACCUUUCCAAAGGAACCGAGAGUGAUGUCAUCUUAUCCAGAACAUAUAAACGGCAUGAAGCAACCUGGAUUGCAGUUUUUGAUGGCUAAUGAUGAUUUGCAAGAAUCUAGCCUGGUUUCCAAUCAAUUGCAGGAGCAGCAGCAGUUGAUAGAGCAGAGAGAUGUAAGGGAGAAAGAGGUAUAUAUGCAACAAAUCAUACCCAAGAAAGUAUAUUCCACAACCAGGUACCCAACCCAAGGGUUUCCAUCAGUUGAUCGUCAGAAUCUUGCUGCUGUUCAGUCAUCCAUGAAUAGUGGUACCCGAGGCUACAAUUGGUUUCCCGGUGAUGAUCAGUCUUACAGUAGUUGGUCUGCAGUUGAAUCAUCGAGGGGUGGUGGCCACUGUUUGGACGAUGGUGGCAAUGCAGAUGGGAGCCUCUAUAGUGUUUUAUCUAACAAGUUGUCAACGUGCUCACCAUAUGACAGUAAUAGUUCAGAACAGUAUCUCCAACCAAGAAGCUUUGUUGGAAAUGUUAUCCCCAGUGCUCACAAUAUUUAUGGGUACGGACAGCAUCAACCGGACAACCCAAGCAGCCAUCAAAUGGGUGUUACUCCAUCAAUGAACAACGGGUCAUGGAUGAACUUUCCACAUCAAAAUCCGGAUCUUCACGAUCCUUUGGGGAGACCAUUUCAAAGGCCAUGGGAUCAUCAGUAGCACCUUACUGGAGGCAGAACCCUCGAUCAAGUUCUCCUUUUUGACUCGUUUGCAGGCUGAACCCUCUGUCAAGACAUAUUUACUCGUAAAGAGGCUCAUGUGCAGAAUGCACCAAGAUGACUUCAUAAAAUUUAGUUAUUUGGCCUUUGUGGGGUGGCCUCUCUCAUAACCGGUGCUUGCAAACACUACGAGUUUGGUGGUUUGUACAUAUAUCCUGAAUGCCAUGAGGAUGUGGAAGGGGAGAGGAACAGAAUGCUUUGGUUUCAGCAGGGAUUUUUUUUUGUUACAGCUUUUUUUUUUAUUUCGCAUUGUAUGAAGGGUAUUAUUAUAUUUUUAUGUUGGGAACGAGGGUUCCUUCCACAAAUAAAAAGUUUUGAUUAUUUACAUAAAA